CCCCCUAGCGUCCGCUUCUUAUUCGCGCAUGGGCGGAGGGAAACUGCCGCUGUGCGCUGUUGUUAUUGUAAGGACUAAUUUCUUUUUCUUUUCUUCUUUUUUUUUUUUUUUUAACGAAUAUGGCGUCGAAUCAAGGAGGCUUGGGCGCUCUCACGGCUCUUCAAAGCCAUCACUACAGCGGACCCCACUGGAGCCCAGGAAUUAGCCAGUACCAGCAACAGCAGCAGCAGCACCACACGGCCCGCAGCUUGGACCGGGCUCUGGAGGAUGCGGCGUGUUCGGGGAUCCUCAACCUGAGCGGCCGGAAGCUCAGAGAGUACCCGGGGAUGAGCUACGAUCUGACCGACACGACACAAGCAGAUCUGUCCAAGAACCGUUUAACAGAAAUUCCACCAGAGGUGUGUCUGUUUGCACCCCUCGAGUCGCUCAACCUCUACCACAACUGUAUCAAGUGCAUCCCAGAAGCCAUCAUCAACCUGCAGAUGCUAACAUAUAUGGAUAUCAGUCGGAAUCUGUUGGCAGUUUUGCCUAAAUAUCUGUUCAACCUCCCCCUGAAAGUUCUGCUGGUGAGCAACAACAAGCUCAUGUCCAUCCCAGAGGAGAUCGGAAAGGCCAACGACUUGAUGGAACUGGAUGUUAGCUGUAAUGAGAUCCAGGUGCUGCCAGCUCAGGUGGGGAGGCUCCAUGCCUUACGUGAACUUAACGUCAGGAAGAACUGUCUUCACAUGCUGCCCGAGGAGUUGGCUGACCUGCCCCUCAUCAGACUUGACUUUUCCUGCAAUAAGAUCACAGAGAUCCCACCAGCAUACAGGAAACUCAGGCAACUGCAGCAAAUCAUCUUAGACAACAACCCUAUGCAGUCUCCACCCGCACAGAUUUGUCUCAAAGGCAAAGUGCACAUUUUUAAAUACUUGAACAUCCAGGCAUGUAGGAUGGAUAAGAAGCCAGACACAUUGGACCUUCCCUCCCUCAGCAAACGGUGCCUUCCACAGCCGCUUACUGAUAGCAUGGAAGAUUUUUAUCCCAGCAAGAACCACGGGCCCGACUCUGGAAUAGGAAGUGACAACGGUGACAAGAGGCUGUCAACAACAGAGCCAUCAGACGAUGACACCAUCAGCCUGCACUCUCAGGUUUCAGAGACAGCCCGUGCAGACGCUCUCUCUCUCCUCUCCAAAAUGGACUCCUGUAAAGAUCAGGAUCUCUAUGACUUUAUAGAGCCCAACCCAGAUGAGGAUCCUGCUCUGUCAGAGGGCGAUGGGCAGCAGGGCAGUCACCCGUCAUGUUUAAAGGAAUUGGAAAGAGUUCUUAAUAUGUCACAUCCAAAUAAAGACAAAGACAGCUGGAAAGAGGAGUCUGGUUCUGACAAGGAGCAGCUGCUUGAGGAGGAGGAUGAUGAACUAAAGGAAGUCCUAGAUCUGAGGAAGAUUGCUGUUCAACUUUUGCAGCAGGAGCAACAGAAUCGCCGACGGUCCUUAAUUUGUAGAGCAGAGAGUCUUAUUCACCGCCGGAGAGUGACUGGCCGAGCACACAGAUUCCUGAGUCACUCCGGAGGCUCCAGUAACAAACCAAGACCCCCAGCCCAAGCGGCUCGUAGUGCUUCUUUGGAUGAAGGAAGUAGUGGAACAUCAGUACUGAGUGGACAGCCUUCAUCUUCCUGCUCCUUUGAUGCAAGCCUAAAAACGGAUCUGUCAGAUUCAGAGCCAAAUUGGCUUGAGGUACUACCCGUUCUUAACCAGAAUGAAGACCGCAGGAGGAACAAGUACCUAAGAAAGGACUAUUUGAAGUACAAGUGCCAGAGUGCUCGGAAAAAUUCCAGUGGGAACGAUGAUUGUGAGGAGGGGUUCCGGAAUGCAGAUUAUAACACAUCCCUGACAGUGUUUGGACUUAAGCCACGAUCUGCUUUCACCAGAGGAAGCCGUCAGGACUACAGCUCGACAGAUCCCAGUUUCACUAUGAGGCGGAAGAUGGAGCAUUUGAGGGAAGAAAUGGAACAGAUAGGACUCUUACGUCAGAACAUUGAGUCCAGAUUAAAGGUGUUGCUCCCAGAAGAUGUUGGAGCUGCUUUGAUGGACGGAGUUGUCCUUUGCCAUUUAGCCAAUCACAUUUGUCCUCGGUCUGUCGCUAGCAUCCAUGUUCCCUCACCUGCAGUGCCCAAGCUUAGCAUGGCUAAGUGUCGGAGAAAUGUGGAGAACUUCUUGGAUGCCUGUAAAAAGCUGGGAGUCCCACAGGACAAGCUGUGCCUGCCCCAUCACAUCCUAGAAGAACGUGGUCUGGUGAAGGUGGGCGUGACUGUCCAGGCUCUGCUGGAUCUGCCUACAUGCAAACCGACGCAAUUGUCUGCUGUUUGACAAAAGCCAGAAUGUUACUGUCAUCCAACCAACCCUUCCCUGCCCAACCCUCAAGGAACUCAUGUGGGUGAGGACCCAGUGGGUGUUUGGGAGUCUACAUGACGGCUGCCUGAUUGAAGCAGGAGCUUAACAGAUCUUCUGAUAUGAUUUCAGGAUCUACCUUAUCCCCGCCCAUCACAUUUACGAUUGUUGUUCCUUGCUGUUGGGGUUAUCCUUUGUGUGUGUGUGUGUGGACGCCACUGUGAAUAUUAUCUGGACUAGGUCUGUCAUCGAAGGUUCUCAGACAUCCAGGUAGGAGAUAUCUUUAUGUUUACAGCAACUGGUCUUCCUGUUGGUCUUGAAGAUGCCACAUAUCAGAAGUGUAGAAGUCACUUAAACCAGUGGUGAAACAUCUUGAAGACCAACAAGAUGUCCAGCUGCUAUGGGGUCAAAUUCUGGAUGUUUGGACAAUACACUAGGUAUAGAGGAAGGCCUGCUUGUCCCUCCUAGUGUGCUCAGUGAUUAUUGAGCAUGUACUUACUGACUAAUCUGCAGACAUGGCAAUGAGGAAAUCAAAACACAUAAUUCAUUUAAGACAACAAAGCUGCAUACUGACCACUCGACUGACCUCAACGGGUUUAUAGACUUUAUAAAUGAUAGGUUUAUUCUUUC